AAAAACGUCAUUUUAGCAGCUUCCAAGCGAGCGAGGUACUGACAGAGGCCUUUGCUUGAAGAGAAAAAACCGGUCUUUUCUUCCUCUUUCCAAGAAUUUCCGACUCAUGGAUUCGUGACAGAGAAAUCGACGGCUAGAAAUCUUUCAGAAGAAGAGAAGAAAAGCAGCUGAGGAAAGAAGAGAGAGACUUCUAGGGCUAUUUUCUUCCACUGCUCUCCGUCAGUAAGUCUCUUUUAUCCAUUUCUCGCUCCGGAUUUGCUCCGUACAUCUUUCAGAGAGGUUUUUCUAAGUUUGGUCUAGAUAGUUAGCAGCAGGAGGUGUUGGGAAGCAUGCACUCUAAACCCGAGAAUGCAAACUCGAUAGAACCUGAUGCACAGCCUGUUCCACCAGCAACCAUAGGUUCUCAUCCAUGGUGGCGGGGUAUUGGAUAUGGUGUUGUCCCUCCGCCUGUUUUACCAGAGAACUUUCCAAAAUUACCUUUGGUUGAAACCCGUGAUGGAGGCGUGGCAACGAGAGCUGCAGCGCCACCAGCUGGUGAUGGUGUAGAUGAGGGGGCCCGGGUUAGUAAAGAAACGCAAACUACGACGACACAAGCCGGAUCAGAUGGAAGCCAAGGACAUGAAUGCCAGCAGCCACUCCAUGCCACAUGUACAAUGCCUACCGUGAUGACUGAAUACACAGUCCCACAUACCCAACUAGAACUUGGGCAUUCAGUUGCUUGUGCACCAUAUCCAUAUUCUGAUCCUUAUUAUGGUGGGAUUAUGGCUGCUUAUGGACCUCAGGCUCUGGUACACCCUCAUAUGAUUGGAAUGCAUCAUCCUCGCAUGCCUUUGCCCCUUGAAAUGGCAGAGGAGCCUGUUUAUGUGAACGCCAAGCAGUAUCAUGGAAUUCUUAGGCGAAGACAGUCACGCGCAAAGGCUGAAUUGGAAAAGAAAUUGAUAAAAGUUAGGAAGCCAUAUCUACAUGAAUCUCGGCACCAGCAUGCAAUGAGAAGGGCGAGGGGCAAUGGAGGCCGUUUUCUUAACACGAAGAAGCUCGACAACGUCACCAACCCCACCUCUGAGAAGGAGACACGUCUGGGUGCAUCUGGCCCCACACAUUCGACGAGCUCAUCAGGCUCCGAGCUGCUGCACUCUGAUUGCACCCCAGGUUCCUCCAGCACACAGCAAGAAGUUAAGGAGCCCCCGAUACAAGACAUGCAUGAGCAGCAGCAUGCAUACUCUAACGGCAACGGCUUCUACCCGCAACGUCCGGGCUUCCCCUUUGAGAGGGUGGAUGAAGGAGACUGCUCGGUGCAGCAGCGGAGUGGCAUGAUGGGGGGCCAGGCCCCACAGAGGACCCUCAAAAUCAAAUAACCCCCUUCAGGCGGGGGCCGAAGUGUGUUUCCAGCAUAGCUCUACUGGUCAUGGUAUUAACGUUUUUUUAAUCCUUUUUAUCGGCAGUUCCUCACAAACAUAUCUGUGUAGGUGUAACUGUUGAGAGGCUUCUCUCACAUGUGGCACUGUCGAUCGGAGCGAUGGGGUAGGCGGGCAGGCUGGAGGCACGGGGCCCACUUCACAACCAGAGCGGGAAACCCCUGGUUAUCGGGUGUUCCGAAGGCAAUUCAUUCUUGGCUUGAUUGGUUUUUCUGUUUGUAGGGAAGAGAGGGUGAAGAGGGAGAAAGGAGGUAGGCUGUAUGUGUGUGGGGGUUGUGUUGUCUACCAGACAUCUCUAUUCCUCUUUUGCCUUCUCUUCCUUUUCUGUAUAAAGAAACUGAUGAAUGGCUGUAGUAGAAUUCGAGUUAGCGCUAAAAAGAUGAGAAGAACCAACAAAAACCUGUCAUUUUUCCUUUUUUAUAUGGGCGUGUUUGGAGAUUUCAACAAUCUGAAGUAUCAUCCAGGUAUGUAAUGAACUAACAAAGGCUGUUCUCCCUGUUGUAAGAUUGGUUAGAAAGGAUGAUGCCU